CAGCAAGUUUGAGGCAAUGGUAAAGAUGAAAGUUACUGGAACAAUUCUGUGCAUCAUAUUGCUUCUAUUGCAUAGGAGUGCUUGUCAAAUAGAAGGAUAUAAUGAUGAUGAGAGACUCGAUCUCCCCAAAUCUUACAACAUUGGCUGGAUGGCAACUCUAGACAAUAACAAGUCAAUUUAUGAAAUCACCAUUCCUGGUACUCAUGACACCUUGGCUCUUCGUGGAAGUCGAUACGCAGAAUGCCAGGCAUGGUCACUGAUGGACCAACUAAAGGCUGGGAUACGCUACUUGGAUCUUCGAGUGUCUGGAGAAAAUUUAGAAAUUAAGCAUGGAAUAAUGUACCAAAAUAUAACAUUCCCAGAAGUUUUAAACACAACUAAAAGUUUUUUAUCUGAAUUUAAAACCGAGACGGUGUUUGUCAGAGUUAAGCCUGUUUUUUGGUUUAAAGGCAGGGUUGCAGAUUCGAUUGUAAACAUGAUUGAAAAUGACCCCAAUAGCAUAUUCAGAUUUGACUCCGAUGAGGCCACAAAAAUUGGUAAUGUAAGAGGAAAAAUUGUUUAUUUUCAGAAAAACAGCUUUUAUUUGGGUAUCUUUCUAAAUGGAACCGAUAAAAAGGGCGACCAUAAAGUAAGUAAUGUUGAAAGAAAGAAGAAUUUAAUUUUGACUCAUCUAAAUAAUACUAGAAACAAUUGUGGAAAAGAUUCUGUUAUUCUGAAUUACUCAAGUGGCACAGGUGCUUUUUUUGGGUUACACCUAUUUAGAGGUUUACCUUUAACCCCCAAGGAUGUAGCCAGGGAAAUUAAUCCAUGGCUGUUAAAUUACCUAAAUACUGAAUCUUCCAAACCAUGUUUUGGGAUCAUAGCCAUGGACUUUCCAAGCUUUGAUUUGAUUCAGGCGGUCAUCAAUCUUAAUUAA